AUGAGCGACCCAAUCGACAGCGACAGUACGUAUGGCACCUACGACGUCGAAGCAUCUACCGACUACGGCGUUCGGGGAACCAGAAGGCUCAACGACAACAAAAACACACCCAGGAGAAAAGAAUACUAUGCCUCCGGCAUCAAUGACUGCGGCUGGGGGUACGACUAUGACUACGAGUCAACUGGCCUUGGCCUGGGAGACUAUACAACAUCCGCCGCGGAAGCACCGGUCGAGAGAUCCACGCCUGAAGGUUCUCAGGAUAGGAGCGAGAAAUCUUGA